AUGAGCCCAAGCUCUGGUGGAAAUAAGGAUAACAUAAAAGCAGGAUGCAGGAAGUGUGGCUACCAUCUUAGCCGUAGUAGCAGUGAAGACAGUGAGGAAGCAGAACUGAAACUGCAAGCCAUGAGUGAAAAAAAGAAUUCAAAUGAGGAGAAAAAAACAAACACAAGAAACAAAAAAGAAAAAGCAAAGAAAAAAACAAAAUUAAAGAGACCCAGGAAAAGGUCUUCCUCAUCAAGUGCAGCUGAAGAGAAUAGGUCAAAGUCAAAAAAUUGGUUGGAAUCUUUUACACUAGUAAAACAAGUAAAGUUCAGUUUUCAAGUCUUCAAGUCUUUGUGUAGAAAGAUUUAG